AUGAUCAUCGGUCUAAAGCCAGGUAAUGGUUUGAUCCGAGCCACACUGACGGAAAAGUCAUUUCUAUCGCGAAUUGUUUAUGACAUGGCAUUUUUCAUUGUUCUGAUUGUCAUAGUGCUCAAUCUGGUAUUCGGUGUCAUCAUCGACACAUUUGGAGAUCUGAGAGCUGAAAGAAACGAAAAGGAUGAUCAACUGCGGAAUAAUUGUUUUAUAUGUGGCCUUGGAAGAGGGAGGUUGGAAGUUUACGUCUUUUAA